UGCUCCCAAAUUCCCCUCCUCAUCACCGCCCAAAGCCCCAAACCCUCCGACGAGCAUUCCCCGGCCGUCGCGGACCAAGCCCGCCGUGCCGCCGCGGACCCAGCCCCGCCGACGUCGCGCCCUGCCUGCUCCGCGCCACCGCGCGCGCGUUCGUGAACUCCGCCGCGCCACCGGGAGCAGAGCCAAACCCUCUCCGUCGACCCACGUGCGGCAGGAGCCUCUCCGCCGACUUCCUCCACGGCCCCCUCCGCCAGGUGCGCCAACUCCUCCACGGCCCCAUCCAAGACCACCGCUCCCCGCCGCGCGUCAAUCUCGCAGGCAGGUUUGCAAGAUGGGGAAGACAACAAAGCCACCUCCUGCGGCCGAGCUUCUCGACGAGCUUGUUUUUGAGAUCCUCCUCCGGCUGCCCGUCAAGUCCCUCCUGCGGUUCAAGUCUGUGAGCAAGGUGUGGCAUGCAAUCAUCUCCGACCCCGUCUUCAUCCGUGCGCACCUCCGGCAAUCUGCCUCCAGAUGGAGGAAGGACCCUUCACUGCUUGUCACCCCUCACGCUUUGAGCUACGUCAUCGAGGACGAGGCUUGGCCGACCACCUUCUCGAACGAGAUCCGAUUCUAUCAGUGGCCGCAACAGCCCUCCUCCUUAGAGGAGGAGGAGCCCCAAGAGGCGAGGCUCCUCAUGCACGGCGGCAACUUCCUCGGCGAGUUCAACUCCGUGUGCUCCUUCGUGCACUGCGACGGCCUGGUGGUCGCCCCCACCAACACUAACGUCUAUCUCUUCAACCCGGCGACCAGGCACACCAUGACGCUGCCGCACAGCAGGCGCAACAAGAUGCACCGGUACCAGGUCUGCCUCCCCGUAGGCCUCGGCCGGGACCCUCACACCGGCUGCCACAAGGUGGUCCGGGCCUUCUACCGCUCCAGGGAUCCUCGCACUGGCAUCUACGCCAUGGGGAUGGAGGUCUUCACCGUCGGCGAUGCUUCCGCUUCCUGGAGGGAAACCACGGCCGAUCCGCCGUACCCUGUCGCGGAUUGGAUCACCGCCGUGUUCGCCAAUGGGGCCCUGUUCUGGGUCAUCGAGAAGCGUGGUCUCGAUCCGAGCCCGCACAGCCUCCUCCGCCUCAGCCUGGGCGACGAGACCUUCAGCGUCACGCGCCUGCCUGACUCGCUGGACCCUGCGCUUGUCGAGUCCUACUCCUUCAUGCUGGACGAGAUGCACGGCGAGCUAUGCCUGACCGCCUUCAGCAGCAGCAAGCCGGCCGAGCAGCAGCCCCUCAAGAUCUGGACGCUGGUGGAAGAAGACGGGCGAUGGGAGCACCGCUACUCCCUCACCAUUUCGGGGCUGGUGCACCCGAUGGCUCUUCUCCCCGGCGGCGGCGCCAUGAUUGUACAGCGGUCACAGUACAUCUGCCGAUACGAUCUGCAGACGCAUGAGCUGGACACCGUGUGCGAGCUGGAUCGCCAGAGGUACAAGAGCACGGGCACGUUCAAGGCUGCUGCUAGGCGGGAAAUCUUUUACUUCAAUGUAAUACCAUACACUGAGAGCCUGGUCCGAAUUACUGCUGCUGCUUAGCAGAGUUAAGGCCAUAAUCAAACCGCACUUGCGCAAUUCUAUUCAUUCGUUGUUCUGGCUCUUGUUGUGGUGUUGAAGUGUAUGUGUUUUGACUCUCUCAAAGAAGAUAUAAAAGAGCUAUUCUGGAGCA